GCGUUAGCGCUUCUGGUCUCAUGGCUCCGCCCGAAGGCUAUGCACCGGUCGUCGCCUUCAGAUUCUGUCCGCCGUCGGGCAUUUAUUUCCAGCUUGCCAUCUACGUUUUCGAGCCUCGGUCGGCCGACAUGAGUCCCAGCGCCCCCUCUCCCCCCUCCGCGCAGGACAUCGCGAACGACAUCGUGCAGAUCGCCACUUUCAUCCUUCAUCGAGACUUCUGGUUUGCGGGCUUCAUGUGCAUCUUCGUGGUCCUCAGCUUUUUGCUCACGGUCUGGGGGAUGCAGCAGAAGAGCGCCCUGAAGCGCUUCGACCUGGUGGGCGAGGCUCGGCUUUGCUUGGCCCGGGGAGUGACGACCGAGGCUUGGGAGGGGAUGCUCGCGAUGGAACGGGUCAUGGAAGCCCCGGGCACGGGCCUCAUCGGCCCAUACGGCGCCUCCCUGCUCCAGUUGACACCUUUGCAGGCAGCCAGCUGCCUCUAUAGGCUCUACGCCUCAGCAAAAGCGAUGGCCGAGGGCCGGCUGCAGAAUGAGGUACGCCAGGGCGCGAAGGCAGAUGCAGCGGCCUUGAGGGCCGUCCGACCGGUGAAGGCGGCCAUGCUCUCCGCCUGGUACUUCGGCGCCUUUGCUGCGGAGCUGGCUGGCUUCGCCGUGGCGAGCGCCACCCUUCACCCGGUCCUCACCUUGCCGGGGUACUUCCUCGGUGCAGUGGCGAAUGGCGCAGCAGCGUGGUGGGGCAGAUCGGCGGAGUUUCUGGGGGCUGCUGCCUUCUCUUGCCUCGGGGUUGCCUUUGCCAUGGCAGGCUUUCAGACCAAGAGCUUCCUCAAGAAUGACGAGGCAAAAGUAGCUGGAGGAGGAGGCCCAGGCAUGAUCCCAGCGGUAUGGAUUUUGAUGCGCUUCAUCUCCUGGACGGCCUUAUGCCUCGUGGACCUUCCCCAGGGCGUUGCUCCCCUGGGCUCCCUGGCACGGCCUAUGGGCCUCCCGGUGCUCCGGGAAAAAUUCCUGGAGCCGGCCACCGCUUCUUGGGAAGCUGUAGCCUGUUUCACUUCCAAUUUCUGGAUCUCUGUCGAACCGGAGGCCAAUGCGACUUCCGUAGCUUUGACCGAAGAGGUGGGGUUUGGCGACUGCGGCUGGCCGACAAGCGGCCAGCUGAGUAGUGCAUCAACAAUUUUUAACACCUGUUUGUUCUCCUUGGCUGCGGUUCUAGUCCCACUGCACAUGUGCAUUGUGGUCGGAAUGCUGCUUUUAAAUCCCAUCUAUGCCUGUGGAGCCGACAACAUUCAGCUCAAGGAGGAGGUUGAGGCGAAGGAUCGCGAAAUCGAAGAUUUCGCGAAGCAGAACGAGCUAGCUGCGGGACAGUACGAGCAGCUGAGCCUGCUUCCGAAUUAG